AUGGACGAGGACGAUACUCACUCGAACAGCUCAAGUGAAACCUCGGUAGCCUUCGUGAAGGAAGUAAUUCCAGAGCGACCAGUCCAAGCUCCAGUCCCUCGAGUGGCCAACCCAGUCCCUCUCGUACAGACCCAACUCCAGGUCUCAGACAAUCCUAGUACGCAACCUUCGGAUGAAUCAACUUGGUUCGAAGGCGCGUUAUCCAAAGACGAGUCAGACAAAGCUCAUGCUAUAAUGGCAUCGAAGAAAGGUACCCUCGAAAUGAAGAACGGUGAUAUCAUUCACAACGGGAGGAUUUUGAAAAGCGGAAACGCACAAAUGAAGGAAUCAUUGGCCCCACUGUCCCCCGGUUUAACCAUCAUUCUAAAAAAUCUAUCCUCAUACAUUCAAUUGACAGUAUUCAACGAUGAAUGGUUGAUCAAAGACCAAAAGGCGUGGUCUUCACGGACUACUAAAUCAGAUAAAAAAGAAUCAGGUGAAGCCCGGAUAUAUGGUGGAGAAGCACCGGUGGAAGAACUCACUAUUGAUUUUGAGGCCUGGGGAGACUGCAUGGAGCUAUUUUGCGCCCACCUGGUGUCAUGUGGAUGGAAACCUGUCGCGGAUCGUUUCGAAGGUCAUAUCGCGGUAGUGAAGAAAUUAAGAAAAGAUUUCGGCUGGAUGGUAGCGUUGAGGUACUGUCGGUUGGUCAGACAGGGUGUUAUGCGAGAGACGGUAGACAAGUCUAUAGGAAAUUACGCGGAGUUGCAAGAAACGUUGUUAGUUGAGGCAAAGACAACCGCGGAAAGCUAUAACGAGCGACAUUACCGAACCAACCCCUACGCACCAGGAAGACCAAAGGCCAGUGUCUGCCCAUUGACCAACAAACCGAAGUCGAGCACGACUACAGGAAACUCCUUAACCCCAACAGAAAACCGCCACUCUUUUACGAGUAGUUACAAAGGUAACGGGAGGAAAGGGAGGGGUGGAAGUUUCAGAGGUCGAUACGAUGAUGGUCGGAAAAGGGAUGAUUGGAAGCGCGAUGAUCGUUACGCUAGUGACAGGUACGCUAGUGAGAGGUACACGGGAAACAGAGGUAGAAGCCGGAGCCCAGACCGAAGGGACAGAAAUGGAAACCCCGUAAAGGGUAAAAAAGCUCGUAUGACAAAUGCCAUAAGAACAGAAUGGAACUAA